AUGGAGGACGAAGCUGCCCGAACUGUGGCUCGUGCGUUGGAGUCUCAUGCAUCGUCGCUGGCAAAUCCUGACGUCGCCACAGUUGGGCGGGCUUUGGCAUCGCAAGCGUUUGCAACAGCCCCUCAUGCUGGGGUCGCUUCCGCUGUGAAGGACCCACCAGAGGAGUCGCAGCGGGUUGGCAAGGAGAGCGCGCCAGCCGAUACAGAUGACGCCUGGGACCUCGCAGCUGCGGGCGCUCUCGCGCAGCACGCGUUCCGGGGAAGCAUGGAGGACGAAGCUGCCCGAACUGUGGCUCGUGCGUUGGAGUCUCAUGCAUCGUCGCUGGCAAAUCCUGACGUCGCCACAGUUGGGCGGGCUUUGGCAUCGCAAGCGUUUGCAACAGCCCCUCAUGCUGGGGUCGCUUCCGCUGUGAAGGACCCACCAGAGGAGUCGCAGCGGGUUGGCAAGGAGAGCGCGCCAGCCGAUACAGAUGACGCCUGGGACAUGGCAGAGGUUGGAAGUGUUUUGGCAUCCCAAUCCUUUGACGACACUGGUGCAGCGUCACAUUCGGUGCCAUCUCCGGACACACUGGAGGCAUCUGGGUUCGGCCAGGGAGGAGCAGCCAGCAAAGGCCAGUGCAGCCAGCCUGGAGUGGGUGGCCAGGGUGAGAUCAACGAGACGUCAGCUGUUCGGACUGCUGGGGGCGAGCCUCCCGGUGACCUCCCUCGCUUGCCGGAAGCAUGUCCAAGUCAAGGCGAACUGGAAGGAGGCCGUGCCCAGCCCAGUCAGCCACGCCAGCCACCAGCAGGCCAGCGCAGCCAGCCUGGAGUGGGUGGCCAGGGUGAGAUCAACGAGACCUCAGCUGUUCGGAAUGCUGGGGGCGAGCCUCCCAGUGACCUCCCUCGCUUGCCGGAAGCAUGUCCAAGUCAAGGCGAGCUGGAAGGAGGCCGUGCCCAGCCCAGUCAGCCACGCCAGCCACCAGCAGGCCAGCGCAGCCAGCCUGGAGUGGGUGGCCAGGGUGAGAUCAACGAGACUUCAGCUGUUCGGACUGCUGGGGGCGAGCCUCCCGGUGACCUCCCUCGCUUGCCGGAAGCAUGUCCAAGUCAAGGCCAGCUGGAAGGAGGCCGUGCCCAUCCCAGUCAGCCACGCCAGCCACCAGCAGGCGCUAGCAGUGCUGGGCAGCCACUCUCUGGGCCAACUCCGGCAGAGAGACAUGGUCCUGAACAUGAGGAUUCGAUUGCGACUGCUUCCGACAAUCUGCAAGGUGGGGCCAUCGCGGUGGGAACGGAACCCUGCGGUUGUUCUGGAAAAUCUGCGGUGUCUACAGGGCCACAGCCGCUGCCUGUGCCAGCUUCAGGUCCACCUCAGUCAUCUCAGGCCACAAAAGUGGUCGGACAUGAUGCGUCAGCUGGGCCAGCGAAAGCUCUGCCGCCAGCAGCUGCUGCGAUGGUAGGUCGGCCACAAAUGUCAGAGUCGGGGAAGGAUGUCGCUGUUGCUGAAGGUGAGCAAAGUUCCAGAAAAGAUGGAGUUGCUCCUGUCAGGCAGAAAGAGCAAGGUCUUGGCCUGCCUUGUGGAGAGGAGAGGAUGGGCAGGUCAAAUGAGACUCGCGAUUCUUCUGCUACGCGCAGCAGGCCUCCUCAACCAUGGGAGCAGCAUCCUUUGCUCCCUCCGCCUCGUGCGAACUCCAGACAAGAGCUUGGAGGGGGCCCAUCCCUGGGGAACGACAUGCAGGUAGACUUGCAGAAAAGCGACGUGGCUGCCGGACCAGGCCAGAUGAGCUCAGGGGCGAUGGCACCCGAAGUACCGCGAUCUUCUCUGGAAGGAGCUGAAGACAGGCGUGCAUGGGUCGUGCAGGGAACCAUCCACUCGGUUCCGCCAGCUCCGCCGGCCCCACCAGCCCGUGAGGCCUCUCCCUACAGGUCCGCCUCCCCGGGCAUGCGCCCGAGCGAGGCCAGGCCUUUCUACGAGCUGAUGCGCGAGAUGAGGGAGAUGUGGAGCGCACCGAGCGCACCGAGUGCACCUCAACCGCUGCAACCUCCGCAAGCCGCGCAAGCUGCGCAAGCUGCGCAACCUCCGCAAGCUCCGUUGCAGGCGUCGCAGUUGCCAUCACAAGGGCCAGGUGCCCCCAGUGCGGGAGCCCUGCCAGCACCAGGUGCUCUGCAAAGUGCUUUGCCAGCGCCUGAAACGCAGCGAAAGCCAUCCAAAUCUGUGGAGGUGCAAGCUGAGCUGGCCAGCCGUGACUUCUCCAGAGAGCAACUCCAGCUUCAGGACUUCCGGUCAAAACUCCAGGGUGCACGCCAGCUGCUGCCAGAACUUCGUGGCUGCCGCAGGGAUUUGGACUCGGCUGUCCAGGCCAUUGAAGCGCGCUCUGGUGAGCUGCGACAGCGUUGUGCAGAGGCCGAGCGCGAGGCUCUCGAAGACUUUGAGGUGCUGCGGAAUCACUUGAACUCCGUUGAAAGCCUCAAGCAGGCAGUGCUGACCCGUGAGAGGGACGUUCGCUUGCGGCUCGCUGGUCAAAUCGAGGACUUUUGCCAGCGUCUUCUUCAGGCCGAUGGAAGCAGUCACUCCAGCACGGCCGCUGCUUUCCGUGCUGAGUUUCCAGACCUGCACGCAGCAGCAGAUGCACUGUGUUCUCGUGCCUGUUCCUUACCGCAGGUGGAGGUGCCUAUCGACGAUGUGCCGUUCGAAGCCCGCAUGCGGGCUGACAAGCUGCGGAGGCAUGUUGUGGCCGAGCGGCUUCUGCGGGCCAAAGACAUGUGCCUAUGGCGAAUGGAGCAGCAAAGAAGGCAGCUGAUUGCCGAGACCUCUGAAGGAGCAGAAUGGAUCCGGCACCUUGGAUCCAUGCUGGACCGCUACGCGGAGGAGCUUGGUCACGUGUGCUACUUUUGUUCAGAGCGGUUUUCUGCAGCAUCAGCGAACACACGAUGUGCAUGGAACCAGGCCGCCUCACCCUCCGGUCGGGCACUGUCUCCGGACCGGCGGGUGCCACAGCAGCUGUGGGGUGGAGGUGUUCACUUCUGGGUGCCUUUGCCAUCGCCUGUCAGCGCCGCAGCAGCAGCUGCAGUUGCCGCGGCAGGUAGCGCCCAAGACUAUCGAGAUCUGCGUGACCCACGUGACCCGCGUGAGCCGUGGGCAAGCGCGCCCCUGUAUCCGCCGCCUCCUCCAUGGGCUGACUUGCCGGAGGCUUGGCCUCCGCCUCCUCCGCAGGUGAGUGCAGGAAGCACACGCGUGUCACGUGCGUCGUCCCCGACCGGCACAAGGUAUGCUGGCAAGUCUGUUUCGGGACCUGCGUCAUCGAGGCGUGACCUUGCGGCUUUCGGCCAAGGACCGGGAGAUGCCCCGGUACCGCUGAGCCGCGGCCCUGCAGCCUUCGUCGAGCGGCGCUGCGGUGGUGGUGGUCCGCUGCCGGCAGCCGAGGUUCAGUUCGAGAUGCGAAAGGCUUUCUGCGCUUCGGCAGGCGUCCAUGAUUCCAGCGGUGAUGCGAAACGAUCCAUGCUUGGCGGAGGAGAUGUGAUGUGCAAAGGGGCGGAUCGAACUGAUGGCAUGAGGCAGCCGGUGAUUGAAAGUGCGCCUAAUGUGAUGGUGCACGGGAUGCUGCAGGAGCUCUGCGCUGUUGUACGGCCCUGCCGUUCCAAACACGUGGGCUUCGAAAUUUUGUCAACGAAUAAAGCAUAUUUCGGUGUGGAAUCUGCUAUUUGGAUCUAUUUGGUGCAUAACGUUGACCUUUCCAUCGCGUGUGGAACAGUUUGUAAGACAUUCUUCGCCAGCAUUGCGCACUUCGCUGACUGCUUGCGUGCCUCAGACUCCAAGGUUGCAGAGGGCGACCUAGUCGAGGCGGAGAGGCUCCUGGCGGCCUCAGCCGAUGUAACCCCUGCACUUCACCUGGCCCUUCAGAUUGGUGCGGCUCCAGAGACCGUGGAGCUGUUGGCGGCUUGCUGCUCGCGGCUCAACGUGUGGCUGCCGGAGCCAGCUGUGGUGACCUGGGCGCGGGCCACAUGCCGCGCAGCAUUGAGUGGUCGGCGAUCGUCCCUUCGUGGCGCCACAGCCAAGCUGGACGCGCUUCUCCUUGCAGGUGCAGACAUCAAUUCCAUCGGCAGGGGCUGCGAGACGGCUCUUCACAUCCUUGCACGAACCUUUCAAGCAAGAUUAGAGUCGCACCGCUACGCGAUGCGCAGCCAGAACCUUGCACGUGACGUUCAGGACGUGGUGGUCAAAGUCCAUGUUCAUGACAUGCAAGCCCAGGCCCAGGCGCUGAUGCGAGCAUGGCUGAUGGAGAGAGUUCGUCAGCUCUUGAAAGGCAGGCUUGACACCUUGGUUCACUUGACGAUCUUCCGUUCUGAGUACAGUACUGUCUGUGUGACUAUGUCUGAUGAGCUGAGGCUAAUGAGGCUAAUGUUGCCAAUUGUUGCCACCCCUUCCGUCUUCAUUUGCUUCCACUCAUGUCUCAUCUGCGACGAGGCUGUCUGCCACGCAGUGUACGGAUCUUCUGGUCUCGAAGAGGAGGACCUAUGCCAUGCGCCGCUAUCAGAAUGCCAGGCGCCUUUGCUGACGACCGCCGCCUCCGCAGCCUCCGCAGCGGCGUCCAUGGCGUCUGUGGCGUGCAGGCGCGGUGUUCAGGUGCGACGUCGGGCCUGGCGGAGCUGGGCCGAGCAGCUUGGCAUUGAGGCGCCCAAGGUGGAGCUCGCUUCUUUGAAAGACACCUUUGGCAAUGACUUGCGGGGGAUGAUCGCCACAUCUAGUAUCGACAUGGACGAGGCCAUCAUCACUGUUCCGUCCAAGCGGGCACUCCAGGUCACCACUGGUGGGUCUUGUCCUGCUGGUGAGAAUUUUGCAGCAACGGAGGACUGGCAAAAUCUGCCUUGGUGGGCUCAACUUGGCAUGUUGGUCUUGCGAGAGGCAAAAUCAGGAGACUCUUUUCUGAAAGAAUGGACUGCCAGCUUGCCCCGAGACUUCCCAGAUCUUCCCAUGAACUGGACAGAGGAGGAGCUGGAGCUCCUGGAGUAUCAACCAAUCCUUCGACAGAUCCAGAAGCAGCGCCACGAGCUCCAGGUUGCCUUUGCACAGGCGCAAAAGUGCUCGCUGGACUUCACGGAGGCCGAGUUUACGUGGGCAGUCCAAGUGGUCCGCAGCCGCGCCUUCAGUGGGCCCUACGAGGGGCGCAAUGCCCAGGAUCGGCUGGUCCAGCUGGCAUUUGCUGCAACCCUGUGGUUGCCCCGGGCACAACGUUCUUUGUUGUGGCAGAUCUUUCCCAUUGUUCUCCUGCAUCUUGUACAUCCUUCAGACAGUGUGUUCGCUGUCUGUACGCCAUCUUUUUGUACCGCUUUGAGCGGUGCUCUCCGCGUGCUCUUCGCAGAGCUUCGUACGUUCUCUGUUUUUUCUUCGCUUGAUCGUUCUCUUUCUGUUCUCAGGGCCGGUGUGGGCGCUGCCUCUGGGGCACUGUCGCUGGAGGCGAGCCUCAACGGUGCCCUGGCCGUUGCGCUGGCGAUUCCUUUGCAGGAUUUUCUCGUCGGACAGACCUCCCAAUUGAAGCGACAUGUGGUCUGUCCAGUGGUGGAUUACCUCAACCAUGACAGCAAUGCCAUUUCAGACAUUGCGUAUGAAUACUUCGGGAACGUGUUUGCCGUGCGGGUGAACGGUACCUUUCAGGACGGGGAGGAGGUCUGUAUCAACUAUGGGGAGAAGCGGAGCAACGACACCUUGCUUCAGUUCUAUGGGUUUGUUGAAAGGGACAAUGCCAACGACACCUACACGUUGGACCUUCUACAGUACCUCGAUGAGGAGGCAGCAGCGAGCGGGCAGACGCUGGAGGUCCGCCUGUCACGCACUGGCCCUGACGAUGAGUCCUUCGAGAGGCUGCUCUUACUGCUGGCUGGCGGAUGUGAAGCCGACAGUGCCGGCAGAAUUGGUGCAAGUGAAGAAGCCAUGGCUUGGAAGGCUGUGGCCAUCGCCUGCGAGGCGGAGCUCCAGCGCCGCAGCGCUGGAGCUGCUCGAGAACUCGACAUGGAAGGCACUGGAGCUCGGGCGUUGGCAGCGCGGUUCGCUGCAGAGAAAGAAAAAGUCUUGCUCGCCUGCCGUGCACACGCAGAAUCAAGGUGUCGACCUGCUUCGUCAGCACCGUUGUCCGUUUUGAGCCGGGCGACAGUGCUUCCCAGCUAUCAGGAUGCAGCGGCUUGGCAGCACGAAUGGGCCUCCGGGGUCUUCGGUGAAUCCGAUCUGGCAUCCCUGCUUCGCGAAGGUUUUGUGAUUCUUCCCGGCGCCUUUGACGAAAGUCUUGCCUUGAAUGCGAAGGAGGAGUGCCAAAAGUUGGAUGCUUCGGCCACCACUGUGACGACCAACCGCUGCAAUCGCGGGUCCAGAUCUGCAUGGCUGGACUUUGGGGAAGCCGAGGGCUUGGCGGAGCUGGAAGCGCGGCUCCCGGCACUGAGCCGGCUUGGGCGCAUGCUGGCAGGACUUCCUGCUCGCGUGCACGGACUUGGAGGCUUCGGUGAGGCCCUCAAAGUUCAUCCCGCGGCGAUGAUCGCCGUCUACCCGGAACAAGCGGCUCAAUACGCGUUGCACAAGGAUUCAUAUGCACCAUCCGACAACGACCCGGCGACUGGGGCCACAAGACGGCUCACCAUCCUGGCCUACUUGAAUGAUUGGCAAGAGGGGCACGGCGGCGAGCUGCGCCUCCACGCUGGUGACACGCGGCCAGACCCAAGGCGCUUCCAGAGCGUGGAACCCAAGGCCGGCACCGUGGUGGUGUUUGACAGCCGAAGGGUCUGGCAUGCGGUGGCCCCUUCUCUGUCUGGCAACCGCUGGGCUAUGACGCUUUGGGUGCAUUGA